AUGUCACUGGAGCUAGUUAAGGUUUUUGAUCAUCAGACCAGCCGUGUCAAGGGGCUUUCCUUCCAUCCUCGCCGUCCAUGGGUUAUCGUCUCUUUGCACACAGGCAUUAUCCAGCUUUGGGACUAUCAUCACGGAUUGCUCCUGUCUGUUUCUUUUCACUCGACCCAAAACAUCUUCGCUUCUGGAGGCGAUGAUGCUAAGAUUAAGGUUUGGAAUUGCCAAUCACAAACGCUCUCAGCAUCUUCCACGGCCUCCAGCGACGCCGCCUCCAGUCGCUCCUUGUUUACUUUAACCGGGCACACUGAUUAUAUCCGAUCUGUAAGCUUCCAUAACGAAUCUCCUUGGAUUUUGUCCGCAUCUGAUGACCAGACCAUAAGAAUAUGGAACUGGCAAUCCCGUCAAUGUCUUUCAAUUUUAACGGGCCACAAUCAUUAUGUGAUGAAUGCCGCGUUUUCUCCGCUCGGCGAUAUGAUUGCAUCCUGCUCGCUGGACCAGACCGUUCGGAUAUGGGACAUCACCGGGCUUUUGCGCAAAUCUUCGGCCUCCUCUGGAACGGCAAGGGGAUCGCCCUCGUCAUCCCCAUCUUCGUCGUAUCCAGACCUAUUUGCUCCCAGCGAAGUUGUGGUCAAACAUAUCAUUGAGGGCCACGAAAGGGGAAUCAACUUUGUCUCGUGGCAUCCGUCUGGGCAGAUGCUGCUGUCGGCGUCCGAUGAUCGACUCGUCAAAGUCUGGCAGUUGGAUGCAUUCAGGGCUUGGGAGGUUGACACGUAUUCGGGCCAUUUCAACAAUGUCUCGUCCGCCGUCUUUGCAUACCACGGUGACAUCAUCAUCAGUAAUUCGGAGGAUCGGACCCUUCGCGUCUGGGACACGCAUUCCAAAGCGUGCAUUUUGAACUUCCGAAGAGACAAUGAUCGCUUUUGGUUCGUUUCUGGAUAUCCAAACACGGCUCCAGAAUCCCAGAUGAUGAUCUUCGGGGCCGCGCAUGAUAACGGAUUUUCCAUCUUCAAGUUGGAAAAAGAUACGCCUGCCUUCACUGCCAUCAAUGACGAUGGCCACGAAUCCUCGUUUUUAUAUGUUUCUUCCGGUUGUUCGCUCAAUUUUGUCACAUGUGCACUUUCAAAGGCCCCGGAGAAAAAAUCCAUUGGCGUCCUUGUAUCGGACGAAAAAAGCACCACCAACACGUUACAUUUGGGCGAGUCCCCCACGUCAAUCAGCUUGAACCCGGUGGAUGGUUCAAUUCUUGCCGUUUAUAAAAAAGAAUCCAAAAGCCACUGCGAGCUGUUUCCCAACGUUUUUAUCCCACAGCCACCGGGAAGUUCAUCUCAUCAGUUUAUAGGCAUGAUCACAAGCGUGUUGAAACUCCCUGCAUUGAGCGCCGUUUUUCUUAGCAGAAAUAGAUUUGUCGUGUUGGAUGAGGCAGGUUCCUCCAUAUUGCUGCUAUCUUCUUCCGACAAAAACUUUUCCAAGCGAAUCAUUACUUGUGUCACUUGUGAUAACUUGUUUAGCUCCACCAUUCCCAACAGCGUUUAUUUGACAAGCUCUGCAACGGAUCGAAUCUUGCUUUUUGAUGUUCAGCAAGAGCGCAUUGUUUCGGAGCAUUCUUCCGUAUUUUUUUCCGGAUCUCCGAUACUAUUUUGCUGCUCUUCUGAACGUAGCGACUUUGUUGCCUUUGGCUCGAAAACAGGCAUAAUGGUGUUGACCAAAAAGCUUGAAAAGAGCCUUUCCAACAUCCAGUGCAAUUCAAACCAUAUCGAAAGCAUGGCUUUGGACGACAAAGACCAUCCGGGCACCGCUGUUUUAUAUUAUUCCACGUUUUAUAACAUCAAUUAUGCCCUUGUAUCUGGGGAUUCCGGAAUCGUGUUGCAAACGCCCUCGCCCAUGUUUGUGACAGGCAUUUCGAAAGGAAAUUCGCUCGGAGCCAUAGAUAGGCGUGGCGUUUUUCAAUUGUUGGAUUUCGAUCCUACCGAAAUCAGGUUCAAAUAUUCGCUUGCUUGUCGCGACUACAGAACGUUAUCAUCGAUCAUUUCUUCUGGAAAUCUUGUCGGCCAGUCCAUGAUUUCCUUCUUGUGUCGAAAGGGACAUCCAAAAUUGGCCUUGAAGUAUGUUAAAGACACGCAAACCAGAUUCGAUUUGGCUUUAGAAUGCCUUGACAUCGACAUGGCCUUGACCAUGGCGCAAAAGCUUGAUCUUUGUUCGUGUUGGGAAAAUCUUGCAAAAGAAGCCAUGCUUCACGGCAGGGUUCAUGUGGUCGAGGAGUGUUAUCGCCGAUUGUUGACGUCCAACUAUGAAGAGUAUUCUUUUAAGCUGUUGUUUCUAUGGAUCCUAACCGGACAACUGGACAAGAUCAGGCGAUUUUGGAAAGAAAAUUCAUCGGGGCCUUCGACCCCGAUUUUCGACUUUAUUUGUGCCUUUGUUAGUGCCGAUAAAGAUGGCAUUGUUGAGAUGCUCCAGGCAAGCGGGCAACACAUGUUGGCAUUCGCAUUCUCUGCAAUCAAUGGAAUGGUCGAUGGCAGUGGUGUGGCACAAGUUAACGACGAUCAGAAAAAAAGAGUGUUCAAUUUCAUUGCUUCGUGUUCCGUUGGAGGCGCAGCGGAGCGCGCUUUGUCCGCUUUCAAGCCAAACCCGAAAGCUGAAUGUGAGUGGCCGACCCGGGAUUUGAUAGAAAAGUCGCCAGAGCCUUUUUCACCACCCCAUCAUCAUCAUCAUCAUGAUUUGAUGCAAGAGACGAGCACUUUACAAACUUCCUCUUUUGUUGGUGAAGAGAAAAUGUGUGUCGAUGGCGCCGCGAAAGCUAACAGCCCUCCGGAUACAUCUUUGGUUUCCACGGAAGCUUGGGGAAUUGACGAUUUGGAGUUUGAAAAGCAGCAAAGUUCGAUCUUUUCCAGUGAAAACGAAACGGCGGCACAUGAUGCCAUUUCUCGAGCGCAAUGUGUUCCCGGUAUUGAUCCGAUUCACAAUUUGCUGUCAUAUUCAUCCUCCGUUGCGGCGGAUCAUAUUGUGAUUGGAAACUUUGAGGCUGCCAUGAUGGUAACUUUUAUUCUUUCACCGCGCUAG